GAAGCCAGAGCUCGUUCUUGCUGGCCGCCUCUCGCCCGACUGCCGCUACCCUAAACCGGGAGGUAGUCAACUUCGAGCAUCAAGUGCUGCAAGCUUGUCGACGACGGCGAGUCUUGGCAGCGGCACGGGCACCGGGAGGUCGCUUUCCUUCAGCCGUUCGGCCUUGCGGCUGCCACCCUUGCCGCAACCCGAGGAGGAUGAGUCGAAAAUCCGAAGACGCAGGAAGAAAACCCCCAAGUCGCCGAAAGCGACCUCGAGGAUCCCAUCGCGAGGUCAUUUUGAGUGGUGCCGUGAGGAGCUCCUGGGUCGUGGAGCCAUGGCUUCAGUCUGGAAGGCUAGGUGUCGACACACUGGCAAAGUCAUGGCCGUGAAGGAGGUGAACCUCGAGAUCGGAGAAGACGGGAAGAUCGGGGUCCCGGAGAUCCUGGAGCGGGAGGUGUCGCUCCACGCUCGUCUCAGCCACUCGAACAUCGUGGCAUUCCUUGGCACAGAGUUGCUUGCGGACAAGAUGCACAUAUUCCUGGAGUACAUGACCGGCGGCUCCUUGUACCACCUGCUUCAGACGCGGGGACCGCUGCAAGAGCUUGAGAUUGCUGGCUACGCCCGGCAGGUGCUGCAGGGACUGCACUACCUGCACACGCGAAAGCCCACUGUCCUACACCGUGACCUGAAGACCGCCAACAUUCUCUUAGGUCCCGACGGUGUCCUGAAGCUGGCUGACUUUGGCUGUGCAAAGCGGGUGUCUCCUGACUGCAAGACCGACCAAAAGGCCCUCUAA